GACAUCAGAAGGGAAAGAUGGUGAAAGAAACGGGCUACUACGACCUUCUGGGCGUCAAGCCGGGUGCCACGUUGGACGAGAUCAAGCGAGCGUACCGGCGGCUGGCGCUGAAGUACCACCCCGACAAGAACCCCAAUGAAGGAGAGCGGUUCAAGCAGAUCUCGCAAGCCUACGAGGUGCUGUCAGACACCCAGAAGAGGGCGCUGUAUGACCGGGGCGGCGAGCGGGCCAUGAAAGAAGGCGGCGUGGGAGGCCGAGGAGGAGGCUUCGGGUCCCCGAUGGACAUAUUCAACAUGUUCUUCGGAGGAGGGGCGCGGAUGCCUGGCCGGGGGGAGAGGAGAGGAAAGACGGUGGUGCACCCUCUCUCGGUGACCCUGGAGGAUCUCUACAACGGCACCACCCGAAAGCUGUCCGUGCAGAAGAACAUCAUCUGCAGCAAGUGUAAUGGCUGCGGGGUCCGGGAAGGCGUCAACAGCAGGUGCCCCAAAUGCCACGGCACCGGCAUGGAGUUUCACGUCCACCAGCUGGGACCCAGCAUGAUCCAGCAGAUCCAGACCAUGUGCUCGCAGUGCCAGGGCCAGGGCGAGUGGGUCCGGCCCCUGGAUCGCUGCCUCACCUGCAACGGCAGGAGGGUGACGCGGGAGAAGAAGAUCCUGAAUGUCCACCUGGACAGAGGCAUGCAGGAUGGGCAGAGGAUCACGUUCCACGAGGAAGGGGACCAGGUGCCUGGCCUAGAGCCAGGGGAUGUGGUCAUUGUCCUGGAUCAGAAGGAGCACCCGGUAUUCCGGCGCAUCGGCAACGACCUGAUCAUCCGGAAGGAGAUCAGCCUGGUGGAUGCUCUGUGCGGCUUCCGGCAAGUCGUCCACACUCUGGACAACAGGACCCUGCUUGUCUCCUCGCCACGAGGUGACAUCAUCCGGCCAGGAUCCGUGAAGUGCAUUCCCAACGAGGGCAUGCCCGUCUACAGAAACCCCACCCAGAAGGGCCGGCUUGUCAUACACUUCCAGGUGAAAUUCCCAGAGCCAGGCUGGCUGCCCCCCGACCGGCUCCGCCAGCUCCGAGCUUUCUUCCCGCCCCAGGAAGAGGUCAUGGCUACGGAGAACAUGCAGGAAGUGGAACUGAGCGACUACUUCUCCCAGCCGGGACACUGGUGGCAGCCUCACGCUGGCGAGGCCUACUUCGAAGACGACUUCGAGGAUGCCUCGCGCCCGCACGUCCAGUGCCACACGUCAUAGCCCCCCGGACGUCCUCCCCCUCCCUGGAGCCGGGGGUGGGGGGGCGGUUUGGAAGGUCAUGCGGUUCAGGGAUGUAAAUAGUUAACCUUGCUCGGCCACUCCUCCGGGGGGCGCCGCUGAGCCCCAGCAGAGUUCCCUGCGUCCCCUGUCCCACUCAAGGGAGGCGGAGCCCGUGUAAGGGCUUAGGAGGCAGCUAAUAGGGGCUGCCUGGGAGGAGCAUCGUGGUGAUCCCUGAGCAAGCUCCACCGGGAUCAUUCAGCGCGGUGACUCGGGGCCCGAUUCUCCUGCGCGCCGAAACCCCAAUGAUGAGGCCUUUAAAGGGGGGUAACGGCCCUCCACGCCCAUGGGAGGCAUCAAAGACCCUUAGUGUCAUGGAGAAUCAGAUCUGUCAGUUUAAGCCCCUUCCGGCUUCUCCGCACAGCUCCGUGGGAAAUCGACCGGCUUUCGUUGGCACGAAAGCGUCGCGCCGUUUCGUAAUCUGCCCCGGGAGCUUUGCUUCCUCUGCUUUGGGUGGACUGUCCGGCUCCGCUGCCUGAGCGGCAAAGCUCGCUUUGGAGAUCUCUUGCACAUUGACGCGAAAGGGGGAGGCGUUAAAGCCACUUCGCAGAGGCGCGUCCGUCCGCUCGGGUUCGCCAUUGAUUCGCGUCCCCUUGGCGAGGAACACAAUGUGGAAAGCCUGGGAUUGCAAGGAGCCCCGGGGGCACUUAGCUACAUCCUGAGCCUGGAAUCGGAUCCGCCUGGCGACCCUGGGAAGGGGCUUCAAGGCCUGGACCCGCUCCCCAGAUUUCUACUGCUGAUCCCUUUGGUAGCACUCAAUUCCCAGAGCUUUGCCUUGCCCUGUGGUUGUUUACGCCUGUGUAGAGUGGGAUCAAAAUGCCGAGCCAGUGGAAAUGGGUGCGCCCGGUGUAGGACAGUGAAGAAUCGAUUCUGUCUGCGGGUGCUUGGCAAUUGCCACGCCCUCCACUGGUAGUCCUGAGCGAUGCGCUAUCCCAGAAUAAAGCAUGGCUCAGCUCUUUCUUUCAGGGUCAUGCCCUUGCAUUCUCUUGGAAUCGGACAGAGCGGGCUCUUGACGCUA